AUCAGUUAUUCCCCGAUACACUGCACUUAAAGUAGGCGUAAUGCGCAGCCUCGUGGUUGCCUUCUUUUGCCGUCUCGCCCUGGUUGAGUGUUGUAUCCGGCGUUUGAUUGGUACCUUGAGCGCGAAUGUUCGACCUUUGCUCUGAGCGUUUGGUCGAUAGUGAGGAGAGGUUUGCUGGAAGAGAUGGGCAUAGGUUUGCAGAAAUUUGGGUGCGCGAGGAUGGAAAGACGCCAAUGUAUCAAUCGGGUGAUUUGAAAGAGCAGGAAAUUGUGGGUUGGAUGCAUGAGGAACGAAACGCGAGUGGCUCGAUGCAGUCAGGAUUGCGCAUCUUACUCUCGCCAAAACCUUCAGGCAAAUCAUCGAGCGGUAAACUCCCAUAUACAAGACAGACGUACCUCGCUCUGUCGCGCGCCUGGCGUAUUCCGUCGACAUUCAUCCGCGCAGUGACACAAAAGCUUUCUAUUGUUACUCAGGGUUCCAUCGCACCCAUCGCCGCAUCAUCUCCAGUCUCAUCGUCACCAACAGUACCGUGGUUUGCUCAUCAGGUCAGAGAACCUAAGAGAUGUGACAGAGAUGCGAAACCGUUACCAGAAAGCAGUAUUGUCUCCAACUGCGCAAAGCACCUCUUGAUCCGCGGCGAUGUCGAUUGGACGUGGGAUUACACGUUCAUACAGAUAGAUGACCCCGUUACUCACGCGACCUACGCUCUCAUUGUUGGUCUCACAGCUACAGAAAUCGAUCUGCUGCUAUGCUACUUGGCUUACAUGGCAUCAUCAUGUAUAGCGUCGACACACCGUGCCAUCUUACCACUGAUCUUGCUCGAUCUUGCUGCCGAUGAAACAGCAUCGCUACUCAAGCUGCGCGUCAAGCUUAUGGGCCAGAUUCAACAGCUCACUGGCAUGGAUCGCUUCAAUUCUCUCAAGAGCGCGAUAAUAGCAGGGGAACGCGAGGCAAGAAAGAGCUAUGCUGAGGAAAGAAAAGAGUUAGACUUGGAUGCUAUUAUGUUACGAUUGACAUGUUUGAGCGACUGGGUUGCUGCCCAGCGAGGAUUUAUCGGUAUACAAGAGCGUGUCAGCAACGUCGUUCAGCAUAUGCUGGGCUCCGAUGACGAUAAAGAUACCCUUGCUGUCUUUCGCGAGAGGUUAGCAUUCGUCAAAGAGAGCCUACUCGCAGCGGAGCAGAGGUGUUUGUAUCUCGAGAGGUCCAUAUCUGCACAGGUACAAACCGUAUACUCGCUCAUCGCCCAGAAAGACAAUCGUCUGAAUCAUUCCGCGGCACGCGCCAGUUGCCAGAUCGCAUCCGACUCGCGCCGCAUCGCUAUUCUCACCCGACGCGAUAGCACAGACAUGCGGAUUAUAGCAGCCGUUACACUCGUCUUUCUUCCAGGCACUUUCGUCGCCACAAUAUUUUCGACUGGGCUUUUCGAUUGGGGUCACGGCGAUCCCACGUCUUCAGAAUCGGAAGACAGCGAAGGUGGCGGGAGAAUGAUUUCGAAGUAUAUCUGGGUAUACUUCAUGUUGACGGGAGUACUUACAGCUGUGGUUCUGGUGGCAUGGGCCUUGUUUUCAUGGGUACAGAACAGAAAAAUGGUUCGGAAAUUUGGCCUUGAUAUCGAUUGUGAAGAGGGAAGUGAGUGGAGUCUAUCGGAAGAGCAAGAGAUGAAAGCAAGAAGAGAUACUCAGAUCACAUUGUUUGACAAACCCAUAGUGCACGCUGGCUGGCAACGGUUGCUGAUUGGAUCGAAGAAGAUGUUAGGACGGAACAUUGAGUCCAUCCAAGAAGAUGCUAAGUUGGCCUGAGAGCUUAGAAGCGGACCGUAGGAGCCAUGUAGUACCCAUACUUGAAAAUCCGAAGUCCAAUACAAGUCGACGAUACUCGCGCAA